ACCUUUGUUUCAAUCCUGACACACCCAGUGUAACCUGAAUGCUGAAACAUCCGUACGCACAGCACAUGAUCAUUGGAGCACAAACACCUUUCAACACGUGAUCAUUACAGAACUAUCUUCAGUGAUGAAGGGUAUUGAAAAAUUUGCAGUAUUUUUCCUCCUGCUGGUAUUUGCCCUUGCUGCCUACUUGCUUGUAAUUCCCUCUUUGAAUAAGACGAUUUUAAAAUUAAGUGAGUUGCCAAAUACACUGGCAAACUACAUGGGCAAUCCAGUUGACACUGAUCGAAUUAAAUUACCAACAUCAAGCUACACAGUGAGUGUGAAAUACCCACACCCAUCCACAGACCCGGGAAUCAUGUUUCUACAGACGUCCAGUCAACUGAACCCUUCCUCACUGGCCAUGUGUGGCAUCGAAUCAGCAGCAAGACUAAACCCAAACAAACUAGUUUAUUACUUCAUGAAAGCAUUCAAUGGGAAUAUAUCUGUGUAUCAGGAACCUGAGUACAAAGGGAUCCGUCUUCUUUCUUCAUUCAAGAAUGUCAUCAUCUUGCCCUUGAAUCCUAAAGAAUUGUUCAACAACACACCCUUAGCUGGAUGGUAUGAGAAGGUAGAUCCCAGCAAGGAAAGUUACUGGUUCCAUGUACUCGCUGAUGGCUGUCGGCUAGCCUUGCUGUGGAAGUAUGGGGGCAUCUAUCUGGACACGGAUAUCAUUUCACUCAAACCCUUGGAAUUCCAAAAUUUUAUCGGUGCAGAAUCAAUAAAUUUUGCAAAUAAUGCAGCUUUGGGAUUUAACCGGUCUCAUUCUUAUGUUGAGAGUUGCUUGAGGGAUUUUGUUGAGAAAUUCAAUGGAGCAGCUUGGGGCCAUCAGGGUCCUAGACUGAUAACCCGGAUGGUGAAGAAAUGGUGUGGAACUGACAAUCUUCAAAACCUCUUCAACAAAGAAUGCAAAGGGAUUAUGUUCUUGUCUGACAACUGGUUUUACCCAAUUCCAUUCAACGAUUGGAAAAAGUACUUUGAAACAAAUCGAUGGAACAAAAACAAUGAUGAUAUUGAAAAGGAAUUCUCAAAGACGAAGGGGGUACAUGUUUGGAGUUUUUUAUCCAGUCGCCAAAAAAUUCAAAUCAGAGGAAGUCAUUCUUUACUCGAAUACUUCUUCAUUACAUACUGUCCAAGCACAUAUGAAACUCUCCCAAAAUAGAGUGUGCUGUGAGUGUCAGUUUACAUAUUGCUUUGAAUUUUCCCUACUAAAUAACUACCUGUAACAAACCGAUCAUGAUGGGUGGCUCUCUACCUCAUCUUACUCUAUCUUCAUCUGGAUCUUUCUACUGUCUUUCAGGCAUAGAUGGAAGGGGACAAGUGCGAUCCUGCCUCGAGUUUUCCUCUCUAACGUUCUCCCAUCUUACCCCAUCACCUGCUCCCUCCUUCCCCCAAAUAAUCCUGGAAACCAGCUCCCAUUUUAAUAAAAAGUGAAAGACUGCAGAUGCAGGAAAUGUGAAACAAACACCAAGAACACGGGAAAAACUGAGCAAAGAACUUCUGGACCCAAUGCUGUUUCUCUUCCUCCACAGAUGCUGAGAGAUAUGCUGAGCUCCUCCCACAUUCUCUGUCUGCUUUUAUUUUUUGUAAAGCUAAGUGCAAUGUCCUGGGAAAGUGUGCAGUAAAAAUUACCAAGAUACACUGGCCCUUAGGUUAUGUCACUGGGCUAAUAACUUAAAGGUACGGGUGAAUAGCAUGUGGACACGGGGUCAACUUCCACCAUGGAAUUUAAAUUCAGUUAAUUAACUUGGAUUGGAUGAUUGCUGUAAAAAUCCAUUUGGUCUAAGAAUGUCUUCAGGGAGAGAAAUCUGCCAACCUUACUUGGUCUGGGCUAGGUGUGACUCCAUAGCCAUUUCCCUGACAUGGCCUCGUGAGCUACUUACUCCAUCGUAUUAAACCACUACAAAGCCUAAAAAAAGGAAUGAAACCAGACGGACCACCAGACAUUGCCCCAGCCGGUGUUACCAUCCAGAACUAUAGUGCUAGCUCUAUCCAGCCUGUAAACUCCUUCUUACUAACAUCUGUGGAUUUGUGCAAAAUGGGAGACUGUCUCACUGACCUAUAGAGCAAUGCGCUGACAGUUGAAUGACAUGGAUGUCAGGUGAAAUUGUGAGAUUAGCUAAGAGGAAAAAGGAAGCAUUCAUAAAAUCUAGACGACUGAAGACAAAUGAAGCUUUAGAAGAAUAAUGGGAAUGUAGGACCAAUCUGAAAUUCGGAGUUAAGAGGGCUAAAAGGGGUCAUGAGAUAUCUUUAGCAAUCAGGAU